AUGGACCUCUUCCGGGAGGAGCGCGUGGAGGUGGAGUUGAACGCAGACGUCAGUUACGCGUGCGCCCUGAAUGACAGGCUGUAUUUUGGGACGACCGAUGGGCGAGUGCUGAAAUGGCGCAUCGAGAAGGAGCCAACAGGAGCAGCAGCAGUAGCAGCCUCUGUUAGUGCAGCCGCUGUUAGUGCAGCCGCCGCUGGAGGAGGGAGAACCCCCCCCAAGAUGCAAGUCCUGUUGGAGGAAAGCCACACAGUGAAAAAGAACCAACAGGUAGAAAAAAUAAUCCUGGUGGAAAAGGAAUCCCUGAUCAUAAUACAAAUAAACGAUGGAGUUUAUUUUGCUAAAGAUUCACAAAUACAGAAUUUAACUCUCCUUUGUAAGGACGCGAACAUAUGUACGUUGAAUGAGAAGAACAAAAAGGACUUAUUGGUGUACAGCAUGAAAAAAAAAAAAUUAAUUUUUUUCCACUUGGACAAUGGAAGAUAUAAAAAUGCAAAAGAACAAUCCUUUAAUGAAUUUAUAACAUCAUUCCUGUGGAUCAGUGACUCUCUUUUCCUGACCAUUCAAAAGAGUUACUACCUGUUACGAUUAACCAAAAAUGAAAAAAUUAAUUUAUACAGUCAUGAGUAUGAACAAACAUAUAAAUAUAUAACCCUAAUUAACGGAAAUGAAAUUUUUAUUGUGUGUGACCUGAACGUUGGAGUUUUUUACGACAUACACACAUCCAUGCCUUCUAGGAAGAAUACAAUUACGUUAGUAGAUAAUGUGAGACAGCUUAUCUCCUUUCGUUUUUUCCUCUGCUCUUUGAACUCCAAGGGGGUGGUGAACUUUUAUAACGUUAAUAAUCAGCAACAUGUGCAGACCAUCUGCAUGGAGGAGUACGUGGAUGUUGUAGUGAACUAUAGCGAUGUGUGUAGUUCCUUUUUAUGUUCCAUGUUGCUGCUGGAGCAGGAGGAAGGGCGUGAUGGGCAGGGGGAGUACUACUACCCUGGAGAAGACCCCAACGAAAGAGCUACUUAUCACCUCGACUUGGAUGCAACCCUCACAAAUGGAAACCAUAAUCAGCGCCAGCAACUUCGUCAACACUAUUAUCUUCGCCACCCCAAUCAUCACCGUGACUCUUCCCCUAACACAUAUUAUCCCCCUGCUGUCAGGGGGGGAGAAGAAGAAAACUUUCCCUUGGACUCAACCAAACUGAUGAAUCAAACAGGAGACCCCAGUGGUGCACCCAACAACUACAUAUACUUCUUCAACAAAAGCUCCAUUCAUGUGAUGAGAUGUCAGGAGUUAUUUGAAUACCUCCCCAAGUGUAUUCAACAGAAUAGAAUUGACAAAGGGUUUGUGUUGAUUAAUAAUUAUUUAUUUGAAUGUGAUACAGACAGGGUUAGCACCCUCAAUGAAUAUACUAAAGCGUGUGCAUAUUACCUUUUUUCUAGAGCCCAAUUUGCUCUAGCGUUUGUGCAUUUCGAACGGGUCCAUAUUAAUCUGCCUUUCCUGUUGUCCUUCUGGGAGAGGUACCUCUCGAGGAAGGGAGAGGCAACUGAAGGGGGUGGCAAGGGGGCUGCAACCCCCAAGUGUCAACCACAAGAAGGGAUCAGUAAACCUUUUCACUUUUGCCUGCCUCACUUAUGUAGUGUGGAAGAAAUAAUCGACCAUAAUUUAUCGUCGCAGAGGAGGAGUAAUGAUGGAGGAGAUGUGGAUGACUCCUCCAACGGUCCAACUAUCAUUGGCGACACCCCAGAGCAACAGGAAGAAGAUAAAAAAAAACUUCUUAGAGUAGCAAAUAAUUGUUUAAUAAAAUACUUGGUGAUGAAAAGAAACGAACUCGUUCUGCAAGGUGAGGGAAUGAUGGGUAUGUACGAAGAGGAGCACACCGUCACAGAGGGGAGUGCACAGGUGAAGGGGAAUAACCUACUUGGGUCGGUAGACAAUUUAUUAAUCAAACUGAUGGUAAUAAACGAAUGGCCUGGAUUCUCUCACUUCCUCAUGAACACGAAUAACUUGCACCUGGACGUGGAGGAAUGCAUCUCUUUUUUAAAGAAGCACUCCAAGUUCGUAGAAACAGUGCUGAUGUACAUACGAAUGAAGCACUUUGAAGAGGCCAUACAAAUGUGCGCCACGUUUCUUUACGUAUACAAUGGGUGGCUCCGCGUUGGGGAAAACGAACAAACGGAUGACCCCCCUGCGAGCAAUGCAAAAAAGGUAGAGCAGAUGGAUCAAGGAUGGAUAGACUUUUUCACCAAGUAUAAAUUUACAAAAAAUGUGGAUAAAGGAACAGCCUUGCACUCACUGUUAAAAGAAAUGUACAACAUACUCAUUGUCCUGAACGACAGCUUACAUAUGAUGGAUAUAAAAAAAAGUCAAAUAAAAAAUCUGUUUGAAAAUGCCUUUCCCUUUCUUAUAAGAUUUAACGAAAGCGCAUUUUUUGACUUUAUUGUUUCCAGAAACUUUCUUUUAAAACCGGAGGAAAUUCUUAACAUGUUCAAAAAAAUGGAAAAUGAAAAAUUACACAUAAAAGGAAAACAAUACAUGCAGAAAUAUAUCACUACUUUUUUAAAACAUGAUAAAAUGAACAAAGAGGUGAACACUUGUUUGGUGGAGUUUUACCUGAACGAUGUGGAAAUGCCUGAACAAGUCAGGCAAAAAAAGAUUUUGCGAUUUUUACGAUGUAGCUAUCCCUUGGAUGUCGCGCGCUUGGCUCGGAUGGUACCUUGUGGGCAGUUUCCGCUCGUGCAGGCGUUGCUCUUUGGCCGGAUGGACCACCACUACGAUAGUUUAGUCAUCCUAACCCAGGAGAACCUGUGCAUAUGCGAAAAGUACUGCCUGUACCACAGUCUGCUGUUCAAGGAUGCCGCGAAGAGGAUGGGCAAAGAGGACCAAGACAAGCUUUUUGCAAGUCUGUUCCAUAACGAGAAGGAGGUCUAUCAAGGUUUAUAUGAACAGAUGCGGAAGGGAUUAGAGGAGGAGGGGGAAGAGGGAGGAUCGAAUGAUACGUACGAGGAGGAGAGGAAGAAGCGGAUCCACGCAAACAGAGGCAACCACGCGAGAACAACGAGGAAGAAAAAACUCAAUGAUGCAUUCAUUAGUGAUGUCAUAAGAAAUUAUCACAAGGAGGUCUACAUCGGUAUGGACAAAGGGAUACUAGCCAAGUUGGAGAAUCAACGGAGAAUAAGAAAAAACAGAAGCAGUCAGUUAGACAGCGAGAAUGACGAAGGGACUUCGAAUGAAAAAAACGAGUAUCACUUCAUGUUGAGUCUGAUGGAAGAACAAGAAAGGGAAGACUCCAGUGAUGAUCAUUUAACCGAGAUGUAUUAUGAGGAUGGGGACGCAAGUUUCAUGAAGGAUGUUGAGGGAAGCCAAAAAUGUUCUGAAGAUUCAUGGAGUGAUGAAAGCACUGAGUUUGGUGUGAGCACCGACUCAGACGGGAAAACCACCUCCGAUGGAAAAACCUCCUCUAGUGUUGAUGAUGACGUGAUGGAAGGAAAACAGAAAGGGAAGAAGAAUUGCGGAGUGACUCCAAGUGGGAAGCACGCACAUAAAAAAAAAGGAGGCAAUAAUAACAAGAAGAGUCAAAUGGGGAUAGAAGAGGAAGAGGAAGAGGAAGAAAAAAAAAAAAAAAAAAAAAAAAAAAAAAAAAAAAAAGACCAAUUUAGCAAUAGCAAACACAGAAAUGUGGAUGUAGAUGUGUUGAACUACUUCGAUUUGUAUAGAAGCGGAAAGAACCGAUCCUGUGGUUUCUUCUUCCUCCUUGUGAAGGUUUGCAUGGACAAAUACCUUGACCCAAACACUGAUGAGAAGAACAAGCAAACGUAUAAGAAAUACGUCACGUAUAUACUGAACAAGUAUAGCCACCACGGCGAUUUCGAAAACGCAUAUAUUUUUGAAAUGAUUCCGGACGAGUGGGCCUUGUCGGAGGUCCUUCACUUUGUCAGUUUAAACUUAAAAAAGAAAAACAACCGAUACAUGGACCUGCACCAUUACCAUAACUUGGUCAAGGCGAACUACUUGAGUGCGUCGUACCAGAUGAUUGACGACAAGGAACAGCGGCUCCUCGUCAAGGACAAAAUAAUCUGCCAGGUGUGUAAAGGCCCCAUCGCGGAAAAACGUUUCGCGUACUUCUCAGCCAAAGUGGUCACCCACAUUCAGUGCAUGGAGAAGUACGACGAGGAAGUCCACCGGUGA